GUACAGUGUUGAGGAACUCAUGGGUUGGAGCUCGCUUUAGUUAUGCACUAAGGGCACAGAAGUAACUCGUUCUAAUCACUGACAUUGACUUUAUUAGUUUUUGUUUGGGGAACGCGUAGAAGACAAAACUAAAGGAAAACUCAUCUUCCACUUUUGUGUCACUAUCCUGCCUCAUGUUUCGCCCCUGCCUUCGCCGCUGUCUCUCCUUUCCAUCUUCAGGAAUAAGGUGCUGCAGAAUGCAGAGCGCAGGGGGUGUACAGACCCCAAAGAAAUUGCAAGGGAAAGUGGCUCUUGUGACCGCAUCCACAGAGGGGAUUGGCUUAGCAAUUGCCAGACGGCUCGGCCAAGAUGGAGCCCGUGUGCUACUUAGCAGCCGCAAGCAACAGAAUGUUGACAGAGCAGUACAGGAUCUGCGCAAGGAGGGUAUAGAGGUGGAAGGAACUGUCUGCCAUGUUGGAAAUAAAGAAGAUAGGGAAAGACUGAUAGAGACAGCUGUGCAGCGGUUUGGAGGAGUUGAUAUUCUGGUUUCCAAUGCAGCAGUAAAUCCAUUUGCUGGAAGUAUCUUGGAAUCUAAUGAGGAGGUGUGGGAUAAGAUUCUGGAUGUAAAUGUUAAGGCCACAUUCUUGUUGGUGAAACUUGUUGUACCCAAAAUGCAGGAACGAGGGGGUGGCAGCAUUGUGAUUGUCUCAUCGGUUGCAGGUUUCACACCCUUUCCAUCCCUUGGUCCGUACAGUGUCAGUAAGACUGCCUUACUUGGACUUACUAAAGCCUUGGCCCCGGAAUUAUCUCCUCUGAAUAUCCGAGUAAACUGUCUUGCACCUGGGCUCAUCCGCACAAAGUUCAGCUCUGCACUCUGGAAGAAUGAGGCUGUAUGUGAACAUCUAAUGAGCACGUUGGGUAUUAGCAGGAUUGGGCAGCCUGACGACUGUGCUGGAGCAGUUUCUUUCCUAUGCUCCCCUGACGCCUCAUAUAUCACUGGGGAGACCAUUGUGGUUUCAGGAGGGAGUCAUUCUCGUCUUUGAGGAAAAACUUUGAUUGUAACAAAACCCCAUUUUUUAUUAUGUCCUGUCUAGUUACCACAACCUUUACUGAUCCUCUAAUCCUAAAAAUAUUUCAUUUCUCUAGAGAGAUUCACUUUUUACAGAGGUCAACAUUAGGCAAGUCAAAUUAUUCUGAAAAUAUAAGUACUUUCCUUAUAGUAGAUAUUUUGCUGGGUAAAUUUAGCCCAGCAAUAGUUAUUAUACAAACUUAAAGAAACAAUCCUUGAGCACAUGUGAAAACUAUACUAUUGUCCAUUCGUUUAUUAAUUAGAGUUUUUUUUUUAAAUAAAAAAAAUUAUCAUCUGCUUAUUCGAAAGUAAAUUAAUGGUAAGUUAAUUUUAAUAAAGAAAAUUGACACAUCUGUGAGUGAAA